AUGAGCAACAAGGAAGUCGAGUUAUACGGGGGUGCCAUCACUACGGUUGUUCCACCCGGGUUUAUGGACGCUUCUACUCUGAGAGAGGUUCCUGAUACGCAAGAGGUAUACGUCAAUUCCCGUCGCGAUACAGAAGAAUUUGGAGAUGGGCUAUCCACCAACGAAAGCAUCAUCGUGGAUCUAUUGGAAACAGUCGCCAAGAACGAUUUGACGGAGGCUUGGAAGUUCCAUGUGGAGGACCUCACCGAAAUGAACGGAACCACCAAGUGGGAAGCUUUGCAAGAAGACAUUAUCGAGCAAGGGACUAAGCUUACCGGACUCGUUAUGGAAGUGGCAAACAAGUGGGGGAAACAAGAUUUGGCACAGACUGUUGUCAUUGCCGUGGCGUUGAUCAGGCUGUCCCAGUUUGAUACGGAUGUGGUCAUCUCCAUCAAUGUACCUUUGACGAAGGAGGAGGCCUCGCAAGCAAGCACUAAAGAAGUGCCUCCAAGAUGCCAUGAUGUCUACCGGUUGUUGCAAGAAAUGGUUGAGAAGUUCCACAUUGUAGAUGCCUCACUCUUUGCAUGA